CCUGCGGGCCCAGGCCUCACCUGGCUGCGGCAUGGCCGUGCGGGGCAGGGGCGGCGCCGGGGGCAGAGUCCAGCGCGGGUGGCCGGCGGUGGCGGCAGGAGGCUGCUGCAGGCGCGGAAGAUGCCGCUGGGACUGAGGAGCAAGAAGAAGGACAAGUCCAAGGAGACUUUCAAGCUGGUGGAGAGCGAGGCGGUGGCCCCGGUCCCCGCGGCUCCAGCGCCAGCCCCGGCCCCGAGCGCGUCGCGGCUGCAGUUCCACACGCAGCUAGCGCACGGCAGCCCCACGGGCCGCGUGGCGGGAUUCGGCAGCGCCCGCGAGUUGUACGCGAAGAUCGGCGAGGCGUUCGGCAUCGACCCUGCGCAGAUCAUGUUUUGCACUUUGAACACUCAUAAAGCUGAUAUGGACAAGCUCUUAGGUGCACAAAUUGGCCUUGAAGAUUUCAUAUUUGCCCACGUAAAAGGACAACGAAAAGAAAUCGAAGUUCUUAAAACUGAUGAUGUGCUUGGGCUUACCAUUACAGACAAUGGAACUGGUUGUGCAUUUAUAAAGAGAAUCAAAGAAGGUAGCCUUAUGGACCAAACCAAAAUUAUCUGCGUGGGUGAUCACAUAGAGACAAUAAACGGAAAAAAUGUGUCAGAUUGUCGGCAUUAUGAAGUUGCUAAAAUGCUAAAAGAUCUGGAGAAAGGUCAAAUGUUUAAGCUGCAGUUGAUAGAGCCUAUGAAAGCAUUUGAAAAGCUGGAACCAAGGUCCAAGGGAGGAACUCCGCAAGCAGCUAAAAUCUCCAGAGGGAGAGAAACACUUCGGCUGAGAAGCAGAGGCCCUGCUACUGUGGAAGAAAUGCCAACUGAAGUUGAAGAAAAAGCAAUUAAAAAAGUGGAUGAGCUUCUUGAAACAUACAUGGGGAUAAGAGAUAUUGAAUUAGCUGCAACAAUGGUGGAAGCUGGAAGAGACAAGAAAAACCCAGAUGAAUUUGCAGUGGCAUUGGAUGAAGCUCUUGGAGACUUUGCAUUUCCAGAUGAGUUUGUCUUUGAUGUAUGGGGAGCAAUAGGUGAUGCUAAGCAAGGACGACUGGAAUGAGAACUGUGCAGUUUAUCAGUCCCUAGUUGAAACUACAGAAUGAUUUUCAAAUAUGUACAUCAGAAUUUUAAUACUUUUAUUGAUAUGAAUCCAGGGAGCUCUGUUUAAGUGUUCAUGUCUGAGUCUUCUAAGGAAGGUUUGUAAUAGAAAUAUGAAGAUAACCCCAAAGUUCUGACAACUGCACAUUUAAACCAAACAAUUUACAUGUACAAGUCACUGUGAGUGCGUCAAGAAGCUAUAUUUAUACAGACCUUUUAUGAAAAUUAGGUAUUUUUUAUUGUACAUGCGCUUUGAUAUCAAUAUUCUGAAAAGUGUUAGACAUAUGCAAAUGAAGAAUUUGGAUUGGUUUAUAAACUUAGAGAAUCAUCUAGGUUGGAAAAGACCUUUAAGAUCAUCAAGUCCAAGUGUUACUCCAGGACUGCCAUCUCACCAAACCAUGUCACUAAGGGCCUCAACUUGUUGAAAGACUACCUAGCUACAUGCUGCAAUUCCCUGGUCUUCUGUUGUCCUUAUGUAUUCGUGUGCACAAAGAGCUGUGGAGCAGUGGUUUGGCCUAAACGUAGUCUGUUCUGUAGACAGCUGGGAAGAAGCUACCCUGUUUCUAAAGAACCUGAGUUCAGGAGAAAAAUAUUCCUCUGAAACAUGAGAACUCCGAUCUUUGAAUGAAAAAGACUUGCUUUCAUUUGAAUCAUAAUAAUGUCUAGUCUGGGUAUUGCUGAGAUGAGGAAAUACAGUAAAAAUGCUUAAACCAGGAAGCUGCUGCUUUUUCAGAUGCCGUAUUAUUGCAAUAGGAACUGCAUAGGAAGAAACAAAUGUUAAAUUUGGGUUCUGUUCAUGUAUCUGCAUAAUACCUGUGAUGGGGCACUGAAGACUAUAAUGUAUGACUACGUGGUUCAUGGAUCUUUGCAUAUGCUAGAUUAUUUGCUUAGAUCCUAUGGAGUUCCCCUCUGGUCUGGGUUGGUUGGUUGGUUUUUUUUUUCAACAUGGCAACACAGGAGAAGACCUGGAUGGUGUUCAGACCUGGAAGAUGUCACAAACAGCCUCAGUUUGGGUGAAAACACAUGCCUAAACCCUGAAGAAUACAUUAAACUCAUCUGAGAUGUUAGGAUUUCCAAUUACUUUGUACAUGAACAUUUAUUUUAACUGAUAAUACAUUACUAGUAAAUCUCUGAUUAUUGAAAAUGAAAUGGAAAUCGGAUGUGGGGCCUGACCUGGGAAGGUGUUACAGCUUUUAAAUAUUUUUAUUUGCACAAACAUAUGAAAUAAUAGAUAUUACAAACAUUUUUCUAAAUCACUACCUAAUUACUUUUCUUCUGAGGAAAAUGCCUUUUGCUGUUUUGCAGAGAUCUCUUUGAAAUAAAGAUUAUGCCAAUAAUUUUA